CGUUGAUCCGGUGCUGCAGUGAGGAGGUGGUUCUCGCCUGUGGUGUGUGUGUGUGUGUGUGAGUGAGUGAGAGAGUGAGUGAGUGAGUGUGUGUGGGGGGGGACUCGGCUUGUUGUUGUCGGUGACUUCCCCCUCCCCUCCGCCCCUCCCCCUCCCCGCCGCCGCUGCAGUGGCCGCUCCCUGGGCCGUAGGAAAUGAGCGACAACGAUGACAUCGAGGUGGAGAGCGACGAAGAGCAACCGAGGUUUCAAUCUGCGGCUGACAAACGGGCUCAUCAUAAUGCACUGGAACGAAAACGUAGGGACCACAUCAAAGACAGCUUUCACAGUUUGCGGGACUCAGUCCCAUCACUCCAAGGAGAGAAGGCAUCCCGGGCCCAAAUCCUAGACAAAGCCACAGAGUAUAUCCAGUAUAUGAGAAGGAAAAACCACACACACCAGCAGGAUAUCGACGACCUCAAGCGGCAGAAUGCUCUUCUGGAGCAGCAAGUCCGUGCACUGGAGAAGGCGAGGUCAAGUGCCCAACUGCAGACCAACUACCCCUCCUCAGACAACAGCCUCUACACCAACGCCAAGGGCAGCACCAUCUCUGCCUUUGAUGGGGGCUCAGACUCCAGCUCAGAGUCAGAGCCUGAAGAGCCCCAGAGCAGGAAGAAACUCCGGAUGGAGGCCAGCUAAGCCACGCGGGGCAGGCCAGCAAUAAAAACUGUCUCCUCCGACGUCUCCUCCUCCUUUCAGUUCAUCGUUAGACCCCUCAGAACCAUUUAAGAGACUCUUUAUUUUUCUCUUUCUCUCUUUUUUUUUUUUUUUUUUUUUUUUUUUUUUUUUUUUUUUUUUUUUUUUUUUUUUUAAAAUUUAUUUUUACGUAGAAGCUCUUGGACAACAGUUCUCAUUCUCCUUCCCCAUUUCCACUAUUUUUUUUUUUUUUUUUUAACGUGUUCCCUUCAGGGAUUCCCUGUCCCCACCAGGAACUUUUAAACCAAAACACCCCAACUUGGCAGCUUUUUUCUGUGGAGGACAGACGGCCAGCCGGACCUCUGAGCACAUGGUGUCCUACCCACCCACCAGCUCCUCCAGCCCUGCCGGGCACUGCCUGGAGGACGCCUGCCCCGCCCAGGCCUCUCCUCCCGGGACACCCUCACCUCUGUUUGAUAGACUUUGUGAAUCUGUGAACUGCUCUACUUUGAGAAGAUGACCAGUUUGGAGUAAUCAGAAUUACCCCCACUCCUUUCUAAAGAAUUUUUUUUUCCUAAAAAGCUAUAUUUAUCACUCCUGUUGAAAGGCCAGAUCCUUGAAGAAGUUUGUGGUAUAAAAGGAAAGUGGGGACAGAUUUGCAACACAGAGUCCUUGGCAUGUUUCACUCCUGCUUCUCUCAGCCGGCUGUUUAAGCCCGCAGUGCCAGCCUUACAGAAGGCCGUGUGACACUCCUAUGGUAUGUACAGGAGAUAGCAGCAGUGAAGCGGCAGCAUCCAGGGAGUGGUGGGGGUGCUUGCCUGGGGUUAGGGCAGGGAGGGAGGAUCGGAUGGGGUAGAGGUUUUGUAUUGUGGGCCAGUGAUGAUGUUUUGAUAUUUAUUUCCUGCUACUGAAAUUUGAUUCUGAGUGAAUUGUCCCUAUUUCUGAUGAUGUUGAUAUUGCAAAGCAACAGAUUCAUAAAGUAAUGAUCAGAUCUUUCUUCCUUUCCAUGUGUAUUUCUAAGAAAUAGAGCCAACUCAUUUUGUAUGUAAAUACCAAGAGCGAUUUACCUGGUACUAAACCCGCACCCCAGUGCGGACCCUUCCCCACCUUGCCCCACUGCCUUUCCUAUUGUCCUGGAACCUGUCUCCAUUGUGUGAUCCAGCCCUGGUUCUGGCUGCGGUCAACAGAUCCCAGUGAAGGGUUUUGUGUGUUUCGGCCUCAUUUCUUUGUCUUUUUCCUACUUCGUUCCCAGCAUUUGCUGAUUUCUAGUGUAUACUCUGUAGUCUCAGUCUGUGUUUGAUUCCAUUCCAUGGAAAUAAAAAGUAUGUUGUACAUACUGCUGAAGAAUUGUCUUGCAAGUUAAGGCUUCCCCCUUUACUAUAAGACUAUAAAUAAAAACUUAUUUUAUCCUU